UCCCCCCUGGUCGGGUCCCUUUUGCAGUAGUUGGGAGUUGUAGCGACUGAGCGAAACAGAGGGAGCGCUCCGGAGGAAAGCCCGAACAAACAGAAGUAGUGGCAUUAAGUGAAUUUUGUGACACCGUCCGCCGCGGCUUUACCCAGACCGACACUAUAUCCACCGGAUCACUGUUUUACCAACAGCUAAACCCACUUCGUGUCCAGCUCAAGAGACUCAGAACGCGGUCGUGUCAGCGGGCAUGAGCUAACCCCAGACAUGGAAACCAAACCUUUCUUGUCAUUGGGGUUCCUGAAGCCCCAGUGCUCGUUGGCGCCCCCCCCACAGAGAGGCCGCUCCGAUGGCUGCACCUGCUUCAGUGGCAUGUGCCACCUCCACCAGCGACGCCUGUCCUCCGCGCCGUCCGUCUUCUCUUCGAUGGAGGGCAUCACAUACAAAUCGUCGGGUCACAUGACGUCGUCGCCGCUGAACUCGCCCUCGUCCCAUCGGGGCAUGCACCCGGCGCUGCUCAGCCCGUCCUCCAUGGGCCCGGGCCCCCUGCACUCCCCCAUCAGCAGCCUGCCGUCGCCCAUGAACGGCCUGGGCUCGCACUUCUCCGUCAUCAGCUCGCCCAUGGGCCCCCACACCAUGAGCUCGCCCAGCAUGGGCUACAGCUCCAGCAUCAGCCCGCAGCUGAACUCCCCGAUGAACUCAGUGAGCAGUUCCGAGGACAUCAAGCCUCCGGUAGGCCUGAACGGCGUGAUGAAGGUGCCCGCGCAGCCUUGCAACAACCCCCUGUCCCUCACCAAACACAUAUGUGCCAUCUGUGGAGACCGCUCUUCAGGCAAACACUACGGGGUGUACAGCUGCGAGGGGUGUAAAGGCUUCUUCAAGCGGACCGUUCGCAAGGACCUGACGUACACCUGCCGCGACAACAAGGACUGCACCAUCGACAAGCGCCAACGCAACCGCUGCCAGUACUGCCGCUACCAGAAGUGCCUGGCCAUGGGCAUGAAGAGAGAAGCCGUCCAGGAGGAGCGUCAGCGGGCCAAGGACUGCAAGGAGAACGAGGUGGAGUCCACCAGCAGCGUCAACGAGGACAUGCCCGUGGAGAAGAUCCUGGAGGCCGAGCUGGCCGUCGAGCCCAAGACCGAGACCUACAUCGAGACAAACCUCGGCAUGCCCUCCAACUCGCCCAACGACCCCGUCACAAACAUCUGCCAGGCGGCAGACAAGCAGCUGUUCACCCUGGUGGAGUGGGCCAAAAGGAUCCCCCACUUCUCCGAGCUGCCGCUCGACGACCAGGUCAUCCUGCUGAGAGCAGGCUGGAACGAGCUCCUUAUCGCCUCCUUCUCGCACCGCUCCAUCGCGGUGAAGGACGGCAUCCUGCUGGCCACGGGUCUCCACGUGCACCGCAACAGCGCCCACAGCGCCGGGGUGGGCGCCAUCUUUGACAGGGUGCUGACAGAGCUGGUCUCCAAGAUGCGGGACAUGCAGAUGGACAAGACUGAGCUUGGAUGCCUACGGGCCAUCGUCCUCUUCAACCCAGACUCCAAAGGACUGUCGAACCCUAGUGAGGUGGAGGCUCUCCGGGAGAAGGUCUACGCCUCCCUGGAGGCUUACUGCAAGCAGAAGUACCCUGAGCAGCCUGGACGGUUCGCUAAGUUGCUCCUGCGUCUGCCGGCCCUGCGCUCUAUUGGCCUCAAGUGUCUGGAGCACCUGUUCUUCUUCAAGCUCAUCGGGGACACGCCCAUCGACACCUUCCUCAUGGAGAUGCUGGAGGCGCCACACCAAAUGACAUAAUGACCUUUGACCUCGUCGCGCUCACAACCUCUUACCCACAAAAAUCCAACCUCCCACCUCCGCCUCCAUCCUCCACACCCCUCCCCCCCCCCAGCCUACGACCUCACCCGUCCCUGUUCCGCCGUUCCCGAGAGAGAGAGAAAGACUGACCACCCACUGUGGCUGGACACAGAGAGAGCGCUUCAGAAGGAAGGUGGAGGGGGCCGGUGUAUGUCAGACAAGACUGUCCCUCUCUCCGUUCUAUGUUACAAAAAAAAAACAAAAAAAACAAGUUUCAUCACAUCAAAGGGUCUGUUUUAUACCUUGUACAAAAAGCGAUAUAUAUAAAUGAAAAUGUCUAUAUAACUCAAAAGAACAUUUUAAGGAUCAACAGAGCGAGACAACCAUGUACUUCACAGAUGAGAGACAAAAAGGCAUGCAUGUGUUUUGUUUGUUUGUUUGAUUUUUUUUUUUUUGAGAAAAGAAAAACGUUUUUUUUUCCCCCUGGAAUCAAGGAUGCCGCAAGUUGUCAAUGAUGUCAUAACCUGGAAGUCGGGUAAUAGGAAGCAUAGCCUGUGCGUGUUUGAUUUUGCGUUGAGGAACAAUACGUGUUUAACAUCGCUUGACAGCAGCUUGGAGUGGAGGCGAGAGCGACUCUUUGCUACGGCAAAAAAAACAAAAACUUUUAAGACCCUGAAGAUAUGCUACAUGCUAAAUCUGCAUUGAUGCAAAUAUCCUCUCAAGAGCUCCUGUUUAUUCCUGUGUGGUUUUCAGGAAUCUGCACUAUGACCUGUCUCUCUCAAGGUCACAUUUUGUGAUUCAUGGCCACAUAUUGUGGCCACAGUGCAGAUACGGUGUUCCUUCUUUCAAAUGACGAGAACCGAACAAGGACAGAGAAGAAAGCGGAUUGUGUGUCUUAAUAUUGUUAUUGUUUUAAUGGUCUGGUUUUCGAUGUGUGGGAUCUCCGGAAAGACUUUUGAUGUCGAGUUGCUCAGUGUUGGCAGGUUCACCUGACUGAAAACCACAGUGGGGGGGGGAGGGGAUGCGGGAAAGCUGCGUCCACUGAACUCCCGAGUGUACAUUUUGCACGCCUCUAUUCGAGGAGAAAUGCCGAAGCAGCCAUCUAAUCACGGCUGUCAAGAUUCAGGUCAGAAGAUAACUAACUGACUGCAGUUCUCCUGAUUAUGUUUCGUGCAGAGUAGCAAACAAACACUCUCACACAUACACACACACACUCGCAAACAUACAUUCGCACACACACACCAGCGCUCAAUGGAUAAGACUGCCUACCACUGGGUGACACUGUGAAUUUUUCCACACACACCCACAGACACACACACACAUCUUGCUGGGAGUUUCAGUCCAGAUGGGUGCUGAUGCAGACCCCGAGUAGGUGGUCUGAUCAGGGAACAGCCUCUCUUCAAGUCCAUACUCCAGCCUCAAUCAGGAGAACGUCCCAUCUCAACUGAUCCUAGUAUUUAUAGAACGUGCCACCUCAACUGUUGAGUAUGCAUAGGACUGUGAGACCAGCUUUUUGGAGUCUCUACUUGGGAGUCCCUGUUGAGUAACACUGACAACAACCCUUCAUGGGAAAUGAAAUUUCUUGUGACCAGGAAAUGGGUGAUGGGAAGAUACUGUGGUAAGAGCAAGAUGUUCCUCGUAGCUUCUCAGGCUGAUGUUUCAAGAGGUUGGAUGUGUUUUUUUGGGGGGGGUGUAUCUGGAAGAUGGGAAAAGGAAUGUGCCUACAGUCACUGCAAGAUAUGAAAUGUCUUCAUGAGUAUAGUAUGAGUGUUUACUUACUGUGAGCAAGGGUCCUGUCACAUCAUCUUGCCCAACGUUUGAUCCGCCUGGUGUCUCGCCCACAGACACACACACACACACACACAGGCAAACAUUUGCGCCACCUUCAGUGGUUUAAGGUACAUUCACCUCAAUCCAACAAUCAAGGCAGUCUGCGGAAGCAGCGCAAGUCUAGCUUUAGAUGAAACCUAUUUACCUGUGCAGUCCCACCACCACCACCACCACCACCAUCAUACUCAGUAUUCAAUUUUCAUUUGAUUUUUUUUUUGUUGCAUUUGUUUUGUUUUGUUUUGAUUUGUCACCUACCAAUGUGCACUUUCUUUACCUCCAUUUGCCUCCCUCCAACUGUUUUAUGAGCCUUUGUGUCACUGGCGUCCUCUUUUUCACUGUCCUCUGACCCAAGGUGCCUCUCAUGCAGCGUUUAUACGUCCUCCCUCGCUCCUCGGGCCUCGAUCCUCACUGAUCUACAUAAAAAAAAUGAUGGGGUGGCAACAAUGGGGUAGUCUAUCCCUUCUUCUUUAUGUAGAUCAGUGAGGAUCGAGGCCCGAGGAGCGGCAUGAGAGGCACCCCUAUUCUCAUCCUCACACCUCCGGUUCAGUGGACAGUCGUUCCAGUGAUGGGUGUGGGAUGGAUGGAUGAGGCUAUGUUUUUAGUUACCGUGAGGCAGUAAAGGCAGUAGAACCUAACUUAAGGUGAUGUCGCCAAGAGUCAAGACAGUCAUGUUCUGGCUUCUUCUUUGCUUAGUAACCCUCAUGGCCUCUAUCGAGUGAUCCUCUCCAGUUUCUUAAGCACUUAGCCUCGUGUUGCGGAGUGGUCAGCUCAAUUUUCGAGAGCCACCAGAGAGGGGCCAGAUGACAGGGGCUCGUUGGUGUUAGGGCGCUGGUUCACCAUUAGUACACGUUCAUUACCGAGGGUGCACUUCUCCAGACAAAAGCAGUGUUGUUGUUGAAAAGAGAUUGUUUUUUUUGUUUUGUUUUGUUUCCUAUGUUGUGCGAUAGCUCCAUACAAGGAUCAGUUUGAUCAUCAUGCCCAUACUCUGUGUUUUGUCCCUGUUUUUUUUUUUUUUUUUUAAUGUUGUUUUAUCUUUUUCUCUGUUCUGCUGCUGUACAACUAUGCAUCUUGCAUUUCCCAAAGAUUGUCCAUAGUGAGGGCGCUAUCUUUGUUUUCUAUGUUUUUUUUCUCUCAUCUUGCUAAUGGGAUGGCUGAAAGAAACCUGGUCUCAAGAAGGCUACCGAAUGUGCUGGAUUUUCCAUGUGCCUCGGCCCCCCCCCACUCAGUGACUUUGGAACACGGGUCUUUGGAUCUAGGGCCGGCCUGUCCUCAUUCGUCACGUUAUCCAGCUACACAGAAAAGAUUAACAGCGACUUUAGAGAGUGGUGACCAGCAUAAAAUAGGAAAUAUAUAAUGCAUUACAGGCAGACCUUUGAGCACCCCCUAGUGGAGGAUGUGCAGCAGUACGGUGCUUGAGUUAAAACAAUUGAACUUGAAUUUUGUACAAGUAUGUAAUUGGAGAGAACAAAUGGCACUUUUGGACAAAACUGUUCACUUACCAGCAAUAGACAAUAAUUCAGGAAGUAUUGUUAGUCGGUAUAUGGCAGUGAGGGAGAUUUUAUUGGCUGUAAACUUGUUAAACAAGUGCAGAAUUCCAGAAAACCACCUUGCCAUGUAGAAAGCCUAUUGAAUUGGGUCAAGGAUCUGUACUGUAGAUACAGUACAUCCAACGGAUUUGUCUAAGGUUGGAUCUGGUUGUCGUAAGCCUUGCCUCAAAGAGACCAUCCUUAUGUCUUAACAGUCAGAUCUAUUAGAUAUUUCAAAUUUCUGACCAAAAGACAUAAAACACACACACACAUACAUACCGUUACCAGCAGUUUGGCUUCUCAUAGAAGAAUACAUGUUUGACUUUUGUUAGUGUCACCUCAGAUCCGAUUUUGUGCAGUGGUGCUCUCUUAAAAACGACAGCUCCUAAUGUGUUUGUUUCCCCCUUUUCUGAUCAUCUCCACUGUCAUUUUUUUGUUCAGUAUCCUUACUUUUGUUCUGUCAUUGCUCCUUUUUCUAGAUUGAUCAGGUUUACUGUUGAGUUUCAAGACCACAGGUAAUUUAAAGCCAUAUGCAAUGAAGAUCACUAACAAAGAAAAAAGUUAACUAUCCUGCAGGAAUCUUACAGAGAUGUGUCCUUUGCGCUAAUCUAGAAAUGAUCACAUAGAUAGAAUGAAUGCAUAAUGAAAUGCUUUAUAUAUACCAUAAAGCUAUAUUUUGUCUAUAUGUAUAUGUGUGUAUAUUUAUAAAUAUAUAUAUAUAAAUGAAUUGGUUUCCUUCCGUGUUUCCCAUCACUUUUAGCAGAGGGAGACACAAAAGUACUUUCAAUCAAAAUUUGAAGCCAGGCCUGAUUGCACUGUGGAAAUAUUUAUAAGAACUGAUCUAAGUUUUCAGAAUCUGUUGUGAGAAUUUUAUUGUUUGGCCUAGAUUUGUUUUUCAAGAAAAAAAUUAAAAUGAAAAAAAAAAAGGUCUACCAGCAAAAUGGAGUCUGAAGGCAAGACUACCUUACCACCUGCCAACUCCUGAAUACGUCUGUCAUGUAAACUAUGUAAUUAACAAAUUAAUUUAAUAAUUGGUCAAAACACACAAGUCUGGUGGAUUUAAACAAAAAUGUAAUUGUCUCAAAAGAAGUCUUAUGAAAUAUAUUAAGCCUUCAAAAAACAAAGAUAAAACAAAACAAAUCAGAAGCAUCAAGCCCUGCACAAUCACUGUUUCAGCAUCACGAGUCCAUUUGAAAUGUGUUGGGAAAAUGAUUUUAAAAGGACACCUAAAAAAGGAUCUAUUUUUGUACAAAUGUAAUUUUAUCCUGAGCUUAUUGUAUUUUUUUUCUCCCUCUCCCGCCUUCCCUUUUCUUUCCCUUUAUGUGGGAUGCUGUAUACAUUUGUGUAAAAUGUUUCUUUAGAAAAAAAGAAUAAAAAAUAGGAAAAGAAAUGAAAGCCAGAUCUCCAGAGCUUGGAGAUCAAAUCAGGAGUGGUCACCCAUGACAACCAACCUGCGCCUGUCUUUCGCCUGUGUUUUUGCCGUUUUGGUUCCUGCCCACCAUGACACCUCCUCCUUUUGUCAGUUUGUUUCAUUGUGUUUUUUUUUUUUUCAUUUAUAUUUUUGGUCUAUUUUUAAAGGAAAUGAAAAAGGUCAUCUGUUGUUUGUGGGUUGUUCUUUGAUGUUCUAUCUUUCAUGAAAAUGACGAAAAAAGUAUUAAAAACUUGAAA